AUGGGAUGCAAGCGGCGGAGGAUGCAAUCGCGCGAAUCUUUGCAGAGCACGGUGGUGGAGGAGAAAUCCAGAGGCUCGGUGGUGGUGGUGGCGGCGGAGGAGGAGCGGAGCAAUGGCGGUGAGGAGGCGGAGGAGUCGGGGUGGACGACUUACUUGGAUCAGCAGCCAUUGUCAUUGUCUCCUCGAGUCCAAGAACCACAAGCUCGAAGGCCGCGAAAGAGAUCGCUCGCUCGCCAGGAUUCCACGCUCUCGGUGCUCUCAGACGCCUCCUCGGGGCCAGUCACGGAUCAUCGAUCGCAAGAACAAGCUGGAGAAAACAUACUCAAGUCAUUAUUUAAUGAAGACAACGAAUCAGAGAUUGACAAUGGAGCUUUCGAGGCCAUUGAAAGUCAACUUUGUGUUCUUCGGCGAUUGAUACCAGAUGGAAACAAGUUUCACGACGAAGAAAUGUUGGACAAAGCGAUCGAAUAUGUACAUUUCCUGCAGAGGAAAAUCCAGAUAUUCGAAUCUAAAUGGCAACGCAAUUUACAAGAGCGAGGCUUGUGUUUGAUCCCAGUCUCAAUGCUAAAGCUCGUUUGAUUCGUGCCAAAGCCCCCAA